CUCUCUUCUCUUCUCUGGUCAUAUACUACUAGACCAGACAUCACUAUAGACUUGUCUUCUUAAUUCAAUGGCUAUUAUUUCACCAUUCUCCAUUCUCUCUCUUCUCUUCUUCUUCCUCUCAUCUCUAACCUUCUGCUCCCAUGGAGUUUUCGGCUAUGGCGGCUGGCAGGACGCUCACGCGACUUUCUACGGCGGCGGCGAUGCUUCCGGCACGAUGGGCGGAGCUUGCGGCUAUGGAAAUCUGUACAGCUCAGGCUACGGCACUAACACGGCGGCGCUCAGUACGGCUCUCUUUAAUAACGGCUUGAGCUGCGGUUCUUGUUACGAACUCAGGUGCAGCGCCGGAAAAUCGUGUCUGCCGGGGAGCAUCACCGUCACGGCGACCAAUUUCUGCCCGCCUAACCCUGGCCUCCCCAAUAACAAUGGGGGUUGGUGUAAUCCUCCCCUCCAACACUUCGAUCUUGCCCAGCCUGCAUACUUGCAAAUCGCUCAGUAUCGUGCUGGAAUUGUCCCGAUAUCUUUUAGAAGGGUACCCUGCAGGAGAAAGGGAGGAAUAAGGUUCACCAUUAAUGGCCAUGCCUUCUUCAACCUAGUGCUGGUGACAAAUGUUGCAGGGGCAGGUGAUGUGCAGUCUGUAUCAAUCAAGGGCUCUGGAACUGGGUGGCAAUCCAUGUCAAGAAACUGGGGGCAAAAUUGGCAAAGCAAUUCCAAUUUCAAUGGGCAGACCCUCUCAUUUAAGGUCACUAGUAGUGAUGGAAGGACUGUCACCAGCUUCAAUGCUGCCCCUGCUAAUUGGCAAUUUGGGAAGACUUAUGAGGGAGGCCAAUUCUAACUCCACAAAUGAAAUAAAUAAUUUCAGAAAUUUAAUCAAUAAAAAAAAUAAGUUCAAUAUGUACAUGUCGUUUAAGGGUGAUGAGUUGGUUUGAGAGAAGUUUUUUUCUUAGGAUAAGGCCCUAAAUGUCCUUAUGGUGACCCUUUUGGGCGGUUCUCGUCCUGUUAGGUGUUUUUAGAGCUGUGAUUUUUUAAUACCAGCUUAAGUCUAUAUAGAGCAUAAUAUUAUAGCAUAUAUAGCCAUAUAGGAAUAAUUCUCUCCUUUUUUGGGUUGAUUUUUCCUUUUUCUUUUGUUGUAUUUUGUCAGAGAGAUUGUUACAAGCCUACAAUGUUAUGCAUUUAUCCAUAUUUGGUGUGUAAGCAUAAUUGGGCAAUUUAGUAUCAAUGGAAAUUAUAUAAAUUUUCCUUUAUAUUUA